GGCCAUCCUCCUGCAGCCAGUCCUCCCGCAGCCAGCCCAGCGCGUCCCUCCUGCCCACGGGUGCAGCAUGGCCUCCUCUUUGGUGCGGCCCGCCGUCCUGGCCGCCACCAUGCUGGCACUGUUCCUGCUGCUGUGCCUGGGCCCAAGCGCCACAGGUGGAAAUACACUCAAGCUGAUGCUUCAGAAGCGGGAAGCGCCUGCUCCAAAGAAAGCCGACGUGGCUGUGGACGAGAGCAAAGCUAAGAGCUUCCUGGGCAGCCUGAAGCGCCAGCGCCGGCAGCUGUGGGACCGGACCCGGCCGGAGGUCCAGCAGUGGUACCAGCAGUUCCUCUACAUGGGCUUCGACGAGGCGAAAUUUGAAGAUGAUGUCACCUAUUGGCUAAGCAGAAACCGGAACGGACAUGACUACUAUGACUACCACCACCGUCACUACGAUGAAGAUGCCGCCAUUGGUCCCCGGAGCCCCGACAGCUUUCGGCACGGAGCCAGCGUCAAUUACGACGACUACUGACCAUGGUCCCGCCUGACCGGUGCCAGGAGGGUCCCUCUCCUCUUCCUCACCUGGCACAGGCGGCCUCUGCUGUGCUUGUUUCAGUUGCUCUUUUCUGCCCACUUUCUGUGACCAGCAAGGAGGAGUUCAAACAAGGAAUAUACAUGCCUUUUUAUAUAGCUUAUGCAAGUGCCUAAACGUGCAUUUCUAUAAAAACAGCAAUAAAAGCAUUUUGUUUGUUAAAAA